AUGGUAGGUAAUGUUACCGGUCAGCUGGCGUAUGUGGAUAACGUCAAACUUACUGCUAUACCAUUCAAAGUUCGCACAAAAAACGUCUUCUACAAUGGCAACGUAGCGAUAAAGGGUAUAUCAGUGGUUGAAAUGACGUCAACUAAAGCCAGAGCAUCAGUGACGUCUGGAGGCGUGGGUUUCACAUCCACCAAUAUAAAGCUGAAGAGCGAAAGAGGCGAUGGACUCAACUACCAAAUACAGAUUUUUGUU